AUGUCUGCUAAUAUUGAUAACACAUCUUUUUCUUCAACCACUGCUACUGUACAAGAGAAUACGGCGAGCAGUGAGCCCGGUGAGCAUGACGCUCGUCCACGCCAAUCACCGCAGACUGGAGGAGUACCUGGCGGCAUCUCAACUGGCUCAGCUUCAAAGGAGGAGGAUCAUCAUCAACAACAACAGCAGCAGCAAAUUGGUUCUGGUGUUGGCCCUGCUGACUUGUCCCCGAACAGCACGACUGUGCCGAACUCUACUCCAGGCAACGCUACUUUCAACACCACUGCUACACCAACUAUGGCAGCUCCCUCGUUACCU